AUGGAACCAGAAAGACCACCAGAACCCUCUCAAGACUCUGCCAGUUUACUCAAACGAUUGGCUGGUCCAUCCUCUACCAAAGCCGGCCUCGCUCAUGACCAGACCGCAAUCAAUCGCAUUAUUGCUGAGGCGUCCAAGGGUUCCAAGUUCUAUGAGAAUGAGAAGCGCAAAGACAAGGAACUAUCAGAACGUAUUAACAAGAUCCUGAAGCAACGUGACGAAGCCCUGCAGGGCGUCAACUUACGUCCAAUUGAGAGAAACAUUGAUCACCUCGUGAGCAAACUCGAAUCACAACGCGAUUUGAGCCAAAUUGUGGUGCAUGUUGACAUGGAUGCUUUCUACUGCAGCGUCGAACUCCUUGAUGACCCAUCGCUGCAAGGGAAGCCAUUUGCCGUUGGAGGUGGGGUAAUUUCUACUGCUUCCUACGAUGCGCGCAAAUACGGCGUGCGCUCCGGGAUGGCAACAUUUGUUGCCAAGAAGCUCUACCCCGAGCUUAUUCUCCUGAGAUCUAAUUUUGAACGUUAUUCAGAAAUGUCUGAUAAAGUCAUGGACAUCUUCGAGAGAUACGACCCUACUAUGCUUGCAGCCGGAUGUGAUGAAGGAUACUUGAACAUCACGGAAUAUUGCGAGGGACACAUGAUGGAUGCAGAUACCUGUGUGCAAGAAAUUCGUGACACCGUCUUCAGGGAGACAUCCUUGACAGUGAGCGCUGGGAUUGCUCCGAACAAGAUGCUAGCAAAGAUAUGCUCAGACAAGAACAAGCCGAAUGGUCAAUACCAUCUGCCGUUCGACCGCACUUCUAUCAAAGCUUUCAUGCACGAUCUUUCAAUCCGCAAGGUGCCCGGGGUAGGACGUGUCAACGAGCGCCUUCUUGAGGCCAUAGGCAUCAAGAAUUGUGGUGAUAUCUUCAAGCAUAGAGCGACGCUGCAGUUAAUGGACAAGCAGUUUGGCCUGGUAUUUCUAUUGAGAACAUAUCUCGGCGUCGCAUCUAAUGUUGUACAACCCAUCCAACGAGAGGAACGGAAAAGCAUCGGUGCAGAAAGGACCUUUCACGCUUUGAGUAAUAAGAUACAGAUCCUGAGGAAACUGGAAGAGGUGGCGGAAGAACUUGAACACGAUAUGGUCAGAAGAGGCUGGACUGGGAAAACGGUGACACUCAAGUAUAAGUUGGACACGUUCCAAGUCUUUACGCGAGCAAAGUCAUUUGACCGUUGGGUGAGUUCGAAGAAGGAAGACCUUUUUGCAAUCGGCAAAGAAUUAUUACUGCCUGAACUGCCCCUCACCCUCCGACUAAUUGGCUUGCGAGUCACCAAGCUGAAAGACCUGAAUGCCCCAGAACCGGCAGGAGGUAUCAAGAGGUUUUUUGAAUCUACAAAUUCAUCGCCAAGAAAGAGACCGAGACUUGCAAGCGACACGGAGGAUUGUAACGAUGAUCAAGACGAGGCUGGAGAAGACUAUGAAUCGAUGCCAGGGUUCUAUGAAGAAGAAGAAAACGUAGAAGGACGGGAUCUCGAUGCUCCCGACGAUGAGGAGCAGAAUCAUAUCUCUCAUGAUGUAAACCCUACAAACCAUGAACGACGACUACGACCACCAGUGUCAGCUCCAGGGCCUUCUCGGACAAUACCAAGUAAUUCACCGUUCCCGGCAACCACGUCGAAGCCAAUGAGCGCCAGACAAGGGGAUCAUGCCCGGCAUCAAGAGUGCCCUAUUUGCGGGAAGUUGCUGGACACGGACAACAAAGGGCUAAACGCACAUAUUGACUUCUGUCUGAGCAGAGAUGUCAUUAUGGAAGCCCAGACUGAGGCACAGAGCGCUGUGAAGGAACCGAAGGAUCUCGUACUUUCUUGGCCGAAGGGGAAACGGUAG